AUGCUGCUCCAGUGGUGCACCGUUGAGCCUACCGGCGCGGGCAACUUGGCUGCCAUACGCUUCUCGUCUCCAGUACGCGUCCAGUCUAUCAAAAUAUUCCCCACCGGCAUGCAACCCUUCGCUCAACACCCCGACAUCAUCAGUCGCACCGAGCCUCAAGCGUUCUUCUUGGAAGUGUUCUUUAACGCGUACCAUAUCGCUAGUGCGAAUAGCAAGGAGAAACCGAAGGCGACAAAUGCAUUGGUGCCAACGAUGAUAGCCUACCCUGGUGGGCAGAUGGAAUUCUCGGUACCUAUGGGCAUGGAGUAUGCCACACGUCUGAUGAUAGUGAGAGGAAGCUUCGAAUGUGUAUCCAUGGCUAUUUACGGCGACAUCAUGGCAGAGCUUCCUCCUCCGCCUACAACGUACGAUCCUCGUCCACUGCCGUCAAUCGAGCCCGUGCCUAUAGCACCAGUUCUUGACCCAUCGAACUCGCUCGACCCCACCCUCCUCGCACGGCAGCUGUUGAACGUCAUACCUGAUGCGCCUUCUCUUCCUCUCGCCAUCCGUCUCGUAUUUUGCCUCAAACCACCAAGCGACGACUGGGACUUGCCGGAGUUCCCCUAUUUACAUCCGGAUUUUGACAACGAUACAGCUGAUUUUGACCUGGAGAAGGCAUUUAGGCUGACAACGAGGCCAGUUUCUGAUGAUGUGCAAGAUGAUACACUGCUGCGUUUCGCAGAGAAUGUUGCCAAGUCGAUACGUGGAAAGGACAGCAGCGAAGCAUAUCUUGUUGCUGGUAUCUUAGCACAUGCUGCAUCUCAGCAUCCCAACAUGGCUAACUUCCUCCUGGAGAAGCUUGAUCUACCCAACAUCUUUGACAGCACCAACAUGGAUGAACUCACCCUCAUCAGAUUACGGGAUGCCGCGACCAAUGCAGACAUAGCGCGACGCCUCAACGAAGAGUGGUUCCUCCAGACCGUGAACGGAAUCGCCCAAAACCCACAUGCUGACAAGGAGACUCAGACGGCUGCCAUGAAACUCGUUGCUCGAAUCCAGGAUUGGGCAGUAUUUGAGGAUUCGCUCUCUAACACCCAGGGAGACUUCGCUGCUGCGGCUGCCAUGCUGAAGGAGCUAGGAACGGAUGAAGCAUCGCUAGGGAUUUGGCUCGCGUCGAUGGUUACCCAUGACGAUCUCAUUGCCGUCCUGAGCGAGAACCCUCUCAUGCCCAUUCCACUCCCUCACCCUCCGUAUUUGUUCAGUUCACUCAAGUCUUCCUUGUCCCAUGAUGCCUUUGUGGCGUUCCUGCGGGCAUUCAUUGGUGUCGCGGCUGUGCUAGCGGUCUAUGCUUUCGCAGAUGCCUUCCCUCACAAGCUCUGUCGCGAACGUGCUCUGGCGAUUAUCAGGUUGUGGCAGGGCGUCAAUGGAUAUCGGGAGAUCGUAAACCAUAUGUUGCUGCUGAAACAAAUGACAUUCCGGCUCGAAUGCAUGAUGGAGGAUGAUCCACCCCGCCGAGCUGGUUUAGAUGCCGAGCAUAUCCUGGUCAACCUCGCGAAGGAUCCCCACGCCAUACUGCAACCCGACCUCGUCAAGUGUGUCCUCUCUUUGAGAGCGCCGCAUGCGUUCAUCACCGAAGAGGAGGAGGCGUCCAUGCACAAGGCAGCUAUUGUGGCUGAGGAUGGCCUGUUCGGAGCAAUCGAUGAGUUCAUGAGCCCGGUCGAUCGUCCGCUUACGUUGACCAAUCUUCGAAUGCUCCGCGUCGCGCUCGCUGUCAUUAAUCAGGAGCUAGACAAUGACAAUGAACAACGCGUGCUCGAGGAGUUUUGGAAGGAGGGCUCGUGUAGCCUGUUGGCUCACCUGGUCGACAUCUUCGUGCCAAUAUCUGAAGAGAUUGAGGGCCAGUUCAGCAUCCAUUUCCCGGAGCGCCGGUCGCAAGAGCUUAUGACCCAGCUCUUUCGCGCUGCAGACGAGGUCUUGAAGUUGUUGCUGCGCCUUCUUCCUGUCUAUCCGCCUCCUGUUCGCUCAACGCAUGCGCUGACAAGCAGUGUCGCCGAUCUCUUUGCGUGUACGGACGCUGCAGACAUGCUCUACUCACAAUCGAGUCCUGCCUGCGUCGCAGCGCAGGAGACGAGGCAGUCCUGCAUAGACACUGUUCGCACGCUUUCCGACCCAUCAUUGCCCGCCGAAGGUGGCAAACUCGGUGCCGAGAUCGUGCUCAAGACUCUUCUCGAGCAUGGUCUGCAUUGCGAAGAUCGUGAUCCUGUGCACCACCUAGUCCAAACCUUCUGCCUCAUCGACUACCUUUUGCCCAUGCCCGACGUGGCUGAAGGUCAGUUGUCCGUAUGGACACAACGAGUAAUGCCGGUCGUCCUGAGGGAGCUUUGGGCCUUCUGCCGCGCGCUGGACACAGAGAACAAAGUGCACUUUGUGAAGCGGCUAACGAAUCUCGAUCGCGGUGUGGUCGGUGUUGGUGAAUGGCUACUGCUGGAAGAGCUGAAGGAUCUGCUGCAUGCCCUCAAAGGAUUGGAAGACCCUUCUCUCCCUCUGCGCGAUCGUGCCAUCCGGAGCUGUCAGGUUUCGAUGUCCAUGCGAUUUCUGCUGGAUGUUGUUAGCGGCGCUUCUACAACGUCCAAGGUCUGCAGAGGUUGUCUCACGUCUAUGCAGGACGCUUCAUCCAUCUUGUCAUCAUGCCUGUUAUCGAUAUAUGCACAGCGGGUAACGGCUCCGGCAUUGACAGAGCUCAUGCAAGUUUUGGCGCGUGAGGCCCCGAGCAUGGACGAUGACCUCCACUCUGCUGUACUCUUGAUGCUGGUGCAGUCAGCACAGAAUCCCGAGUUAGAUAGUGCAAGCCUCGUUCAUUUGCUGGAGCAAUGCAUCGCUAUCUAUCCUGCAACUUCAAACGCGGAAGGUCCCGACGAGACAUUGCAGCAAGAACUUGGUAUCCUAAUCGCCAGUCUCAACGGUGAAGACCACACUUUGGACACUGCCAUCGCAGAGCAAUGCGUGUUCCUACUUGAAAGACUUACAACGACAUCAUCAACCUUACGAGGUCUCACACGAGCCUUCUUCAUGACUUUCUGCGAUCGGUUGCGCGACACUCUCGGUACCGAAUGGCACGACCGCAUUGCCAGCAUCUCAGAACAUAUAACCAUUGCGGAGGAUACCUCACGGGCUUCGCCAGUGAUACCCCUUUCCGAGACGGUGGAGCUCAGCAUGCACGACGUUGAAGAGCUUCUCCGGCACAGCAUACCCCCACCUUCCACACCACCGCGCAAGGCACUGAACCAAGAUGUCCUCGGCCUCGUCACAGUAUCGCCACCUGCCAUAAUCCGUUCGCCUGCAACAACGGGUCUAACGAAGACAUACAACAACAAUGAUUUCAGACAGCUGCGGCAGACUCCAUCGGCGAGACAGAACACCAGUCGGCUUCCGAGUAUGCAUGUAGACGUAGGUGUAGCGAUGGUCACUUGA